AUGGGUAAACCACCCAACAAUACUCAUAUUAUUGCUGCUCAGAUGUGUGAGGAUUUGAUGAAUCAAAACCAAUCUAUAGUACAUGCUCUGUUUAAGCAAGAUGAUAAGGUGAAAAGUGAGUAUCGUAUUCGCUUAAAUGCUUCGAUUAAUGCUUCCAGAUUCUUGUUACGACAAAGAUUACCUUUUCGUGGCCAUACUGAGAAAGAAGAGGCUGUGAAUAAAGAUAAUUUCUUGGAGCUUGUGAAAUACACAGGAGAACAAAAUGAUGAUAUACAAGAAGUACGACAAGCUAUUUUAGAAGAAAUUGGCCAUGGUGUGUUUGGUUUGCUGGUUGAUGAGUCUGCUGAUGUUUCUCAUAAAGAGCAGAUGGGUGUUGUUUUACGGUUUGUUGAUAAAAGAGGAGCAAUCAAAGAAAGAUUUAUUGGAGUUGUUCAUGUAAAAGAAACAUCUUCACUAGCUCUAAAGUCUGCUAUAGAUGAUUUGUUUGCUAGAUAUGGGAUGAGCAUUAAAAAUGUGAGAGGGCAAGGUUAUGAUGGAGCUAGUAAUAUGAGAGAAUCCACUAAGCGAGAACUGCAGAAGCUUAGAGAUGAUGGUUGGGAAUUGCUUAUGGCUAAGGUUGCUUCUUUUUGUAAGAAACACGAUGCUGAAAUUCUUAUCAUGGAAGAAGAUUUUAUUGAUCCUAGGAGGCCAAGAAAGAGAACCAGCAUAACCAAUCUGCAUCAUUAUAAGGUCAACUGCUUUUGCACAGUUCUGGAUUUGCAAAUUCCGAUUGAUUCAUUCCAUGGGUUUGACAAGGAAAAGUUGGUGAGAUUAGCUAAGUUCUAUCCAGAUGAUUUUAGCUAUGGUGAGCUUUUAUCUUUAGAGCAUCAACUUGAAAUCUAG